GGGGUUGAGAGCGGGCCUUCCCCAGGGCGGGUCACUCACUGCUGUGGAUCAAGACGGCGCCGCUCCUGUCUCUCUCUGUCUCUCCCGCUGCUUCUGUCAGUGUGGCCACCAUGCUUACGCCCUGGGCAUUAACGUUGUCUCUGUUAAUAAUUCACGGAGUUGCAGCGAGUCGAGAGAGUGAAUGCAUCGAAGUUGGAUUCGCACGAGCGGCGGGGUCCAACCUGAACCAGGGGUUUGAUGCAGCCAAAGAGGCAGUGGUGGCCAGGUGGGCUGAGGAGGACACUCAAGGGCGACCCAAGUACACCUCUUUCUCUCCUCUCCUUAAGAAUGUGACGCGGACGGCACAGCUGCUGGAGGAGGCGUCGAAGGUGGUGGUGGAACUGAUUCGUAAAACCCGGGUGGGUAAGAGGUGUAGGGGCGUGUGGCUGCUCACUGGCCUCGAGAAGCAUGUCAUUCCCCUCAUUAAUCUCGACAAGCCUCUCGCCGAGGAUCUGGGACUAGUAAUGUCAUUUCGUUGCAUGGUUGGAUCACCAUACCCCAAUGUGGAUGGUUCGUGUAUCAGCCAGGAAUCUCCUGACCUGGGGUCUGUUGGAUCAAAGUUCCUCAGGCUCCAGCCAGCUGUUGCUGCCAAAGAUGGAUUUGCUCCUCGGGAGUCUGUGAAUGAGGAGAAGACGCUGCCCACAGCCCGCCAAGUGGCGCAAGUGCUGAGGAAACACAUAAAGAAGCCACCUGUGACUGGCAUUUUUUCUGAGUGGAGCCACUUCAUCCAGAGAGACAUCUUCAGCAUCCCAGAGUCGCCAUUGGCAGAGGAUGUGGACUGCUGCCUGUCUCCAGAGGCAGAGGAUUGUGCACCCAUUCCUGUUGGCAAGGAGGACCCAAUCUACUCUGUCCUAACUUGCAUAAAUUUCAGAAGAUCUGCUCGAGCACAAGCAAUCCUUGGACAUAGAGAAUCUUUCUCUUUCGUCUCGACAUACUUGGAUGCUACACCUCUCUAUGGACCUACAGACAGGGUUGCCUUCAAUAGGAAGACAGGAUACUUUGGUUACCUCAAGGGUCCCGAGUCUGACGAGAAGACAGAAAAGGAUAAACAAGGGGGAGAGAAGAAUGUGAAAUGUGCCGCGCCCGAGAACAUGAAGGGAUGCUUCCAGCUGCAGGAAUCCGAUGACUUGAUUGAAGACUUGAAGCUGCUGCUGGUACUAGAGCAUAACAGACUAGCCGAUGCCUUGGCCGAAAUUAAUCCUCACUUCGAUGAUGCCCUUCUGUAUAAUGAGGCAAGACGGAUCCUCAUAGCGGAGUAUGACCACAUCACCUAUGGCGAAUUCCUGCCGGUACUGAUGGGGAAGGAAGUGGUGAAGAAACACUCCCUCAACCCUGGUGCUGAAGGAAUAGCUGCUGGAUACAUUAAAGAAGUCAACCCAGGCAUUCUCAACUCCUUUGCCCUGGCUGCCUACAGGAAUCCUUCUAUGCACACAGAGUGGCAGUCAGAGUGGGGACGGAGCAACAUCAUGGAGUCGAUGCACUAUAAUUCUAUCCGUGAGGACCCUUACCAAGACCUGUUGGCCAUGGACGUACAGAGGGGCCGUGACCAUGGUCUGGCUGGGUACAGGGUGUGGCGUAAGUUCUGUGAUGGUGACCACUCUUACGAUUCCUUUGAGGACCUUAAACGAGGACUUCCCAAGGAGCUCGUAGAGGAUCUUAAGUCCCUCUACCAAGACGAGUUGGACGACCUGGACGCUCAGGUGGCGCUGCUGGAGGAGCCCACAGAUGGAGGCAUCAUAGGAAAGACCUACACCUGCAUUCUGGCUGAUCAGUUUGCCCGUCUGAAGACUGGAAACCGACUGUACUGGGAGCAUCCGAGCAGCCUCUUCACUGUAGAGCAGAAGGACUACGUUAAGACAGUGACAUUGGCACACCUACUGUGUUCGAAUUUGCAUCUCCAUGCUGUCCCCACCAAUGCCUUCCUCCCUCAAUCUGACAGUAAUCCUCUGGUGAAGUGUUCCGACUUGCCAGUUGGCGACCUCACCCCAUGGAAGGACACGGCACUCAUAGAGAAGAUGAAGAAAAUGAAGGCUGGGCAGGACAAGGCUGGGCAGGACAAGGCUGGGCAGGACAAGGCUGGGCAGGACAAGGCUGGGCAGGACAAGGCUGGGCAGGACAAGGCUGGGCAGGACAAGGCUGGGCAGGGAGAGCAGCAGGCACCGCAGCUGGAGAAGACCACCUCCAAAGAGGAACUGUAAAUCAGCUGUUGCACACCUGAUUCCUGAAGACACAGCUUUGUUAUUCCACUUCUCACACAUCCAGUGCUGCAGGGACUCGACUUGUUUAAUGAAAUUUCUAAGCUAACUUAAUGGAAUUACAAUAAUUAUAAUUGUAAAUACAAUACUGAAAUUUUUCAGGACUAGUCGCGUUUAAAAAGUGCUAAUGAGCAUUACGAUGUACUGGGUAGUUAGACGGGACAAGACACAUUUGUCUCUUGUAUUGUAAACCUUAUGGUAAACGCGAGAUUGGUUGCAACACUGUAGCGUCAGUUUCCCGUGUUUGCUGUUGGUCGGUUGUAUCACUGUUUUGUUGCUUGUAUGUUGUAAAUGCAGUGCCUUGUUACAACUGUGUAAUGUUCAAAUUUAUUUUUAUACUUAUAACAUUGGUUGACUAAAAUAUAUUUUGGUGUUAAUUGUUUUGACUGGCAACAAUGGCUCGCUAGUCCAUAAUGUUCGGUUAUAAUAUUAAAGAUUUGUUACUGUUGAA